GGGCAUUAAUUCUUCUGCUUUUCUCAGAAUGGAUAGAUCCUUUCCUCAAGGAUUUUCUGAUGUUCCCUAACAUCCAUGUAACUACAAGGGCUCUUUAUCACCAUAAGUGCCACUCUGACCCAAAACCACUCAGAACUCAAGAAUCAAGGCGAAAUGGAUGCUGCAGUGACAGAUGAUUUCCAACAAAUUCUGCCUAUUGAACAGCUGCGCUCUACUCAUGCUAGCAAUGAUUAUGUGGAACGGCCUCCUGCCCCCUGUAAACAGGCCCUCUCAAGCCCUUCUCUUAUUGUGCAAACCCACAAAUCUGAUUGGUCUUUGGCUACCAUGCCUACUGCUCUCCCCCGCAGUCUCAGCCAGUGCCAUCAAUUGCAGCCCUUGCCUCAGCAUCUGAGCCAAUCUAGCAUUGCCAGCUCAAUGUCUCAUAGCACCACUGCCUCUGACCAAAGGCUCUUGGCCAGCAUUACGCCCUCACCUUCGGGCCAGUCCAUCAUCCGAACCCAGCCUGGAACAGGGGCCUACCCAAAGGCUGAUGGUGCUCUGAAGGGAGAAGCUGAGCAAUCUGCAGGGCACCCCAGUGAGCACCUCUUCAUCUGUGAGGAGUGUGGGCGCUGCAAAUGUGUCCUCUGCACAGCAUCUCGCCCUCUCCCUUCCUGCUGGCUGUGCAACCAGCGUUGCCUUUGCUCUGCUGAGAGCCUCCUCGAUUAUGGCACUUGCCUCUGCUGUGUUAAGGGCCUCUUCUACCACUGCUCCACUGAUGAUGAAGACAACUGUGCUGAUGAGCCCUGCUCCUGUGGGCCUAGCUCUUGCUUUGUCCGCUGGGCAGCCAUGAGCCUCAUCUCCCUCUUCUUACCCUGCCUGUGCUGCUACCUGCCUACCCGUGGAUGCCUCCAUCUGUGCCAGCAGGGCUAUGAUAGCCUCAGGCGACCAGGUUGCCGCUGUAAGAGGCACACCAACACUGUGUGCAGAAAAAUCUCUUCUGGUAGUGCGCCCUUCCCCAAGGCCCAGGAAAAGUCUGUAUGACCUUCCCACAAAAUGGAUCUAGAGCUUUCUCCUUCUAGCCCCCAUCAGCAAAGCAUCGGCUUCAUCUUUGAAGAGGGGAAGGAGGAGUAAAGUAGCCAAAGUUAGGGCCUCGCCAAUUUUGUUCCUGCAGUGUCAGGGGAAUGGCCAAGUACAUCCUGGUACAGGAUGCCUUGUUCUUUCUCACAGUAUCUAUUCCACUCCUCUUCAACAUUUUUGCACGCUGCCAUCUCAGCCCUUAUGGCUGUCAUGGCAAAUUCAGGUGAUAUAUAGGCAUGAGAUUUGAACACUGAGGACUGACAGAGCCAGCAACGUGGAGGUUUAGGGGCUCCCCAAUGUAAUGCCUCUCGAUGCAGGCUCUGAGCAUCCCUCUGCUUUCCACAGUGCCUUUGGAAGCUUUCUUCUCAGAUGGUUUUCACAGGCCCAUGUGGAACAACAUUCAAUAUUCCAGGGAAUCUGACCCCUUCUCCCCAUUGAGUGCCCUUCUCUUCUUUAGUCCUCUCUUUAUCCUCUCUUCUUCUUUCAUUACUUUGUUCUGUACUCCUUCCCUCUUCAUUCUCACCCACUCUACUUUUACUUUUCCUCUUUUCUUUCUCUAUCCCUUCUUUUCUACUCCUUCUCUCCCUUUCUCUCA